UCAAAUCAAAAAAAAAAAAACUUGGGAAGUAUUCUAGAUUUCGUAAUAAUUUGGGUCCAGAAUCCCACACCAAAUUUCCCAACCUGCAGUGUCUCCAAGCCCUUUAUCGCAUCAUAAAUGUGCCCAUAUACGCAGCCUGUCUGCAUGCUAUAAUCGAACGCCCAACACCGGCACUCCCCCAUCCGCCUCUCCUACUGGACUUCCCCCCUUUCUCUCUCUCCUCUCUGUUUCUAUUACCAGCCUUGCAUGCUUUCCUCCCGACCCUCUCCACCUUCGCCGUUCUCCCCUUACCUCCCUCUCCUCUCCUCCCUUUCUUGAGUGGAAUCUGGCCUUGGAAUGACGGUUCUUGGCUUCUCUUCCCCUCCUUUCGAUUCCUCCUCUCUUUAUUGAUCUUUUCUGUCUCUUGUCUGCGGGUUGCCUGAGCUUUUGACUUGGCUUCUUCUCUCUGGUGUUGGAGACUUGGAGUCGGUUCUCAUGGGACCCGUAAGAGGGUUCAAGAGGAGGAAGAGGGCCGAAAAGAAGGCCGAGAGGUAUGCGGCCGCCGCGGAGCCGAUGGAUUCGGGGCAGGAGCCUGGAGAUUGGUGGGAUGGUUUCUCAAGAAGGAUUGCAGGACCCCAAUCUUUAUCAAAGGAGCUGAACAAAUUUGAGUCCAUCUUCAAGAUCUCAAGAAAAACCUUUAACUACAUAUGCUCAUUGGUGAGGGAAGAUCUAUUGGCCAAAACUACAUUCUUUACUUGCACUGAUGGCAAGGUUCUCUCUGUAGAAGACCAGGUAGCUGUUGCCUUAAGAAGGCUAUGCUCUGGUGACUCCCUAUCAAAUGUAGGCUUGUUGUUUGGGAUGAAUCAAUCAACUGUUGCCCAAGUGACCUGGCGGUUUGUGGAGGCCAUGGAAGAGAGAGGUAUCCAUCACCUCAGGUGGCCCACUUCUGAAGAAAUGGUAAUAAUAAAGUCCAAAUUUGAAAAGAAACAGGGCCUUCCGAACUGCUGUGGUGCCAUAGACACCACCCACAUCAUGAUGUGCCAACCUUCAGCAGACCCUUUAAACAAGGUAUGGAUUGAUCAUCAGAAGAACCACAGCAUGGUCUUACAGGCUAUUGUGGACCCUGAAAUGAGGUUCCGGGACAUUGUCACUGGCUGGCCAGGGAGCAUGAAUGACUUCCUAGUGCUACAGAACUCGGAUUUCUUCAAACUAUGUGAGAAAGGUUUGAGGCUUAAUGGGAAGAAGCUAGAGCUUUCAGAUGGGUCAGAAUUGGGAGAGUAUAUAAUUGGAGAUGCAGGGUUUCCUCUUCUUCCUUGGCUUGUCACUCCUUACCAAGGAAAGGAUCUUUCAGACUCAAAAACUGAGUUUAACAGGCAGCAUUCAGCAACUGAAAUGGUGGCACAAAGGGCAUUGGCUAGGCUGAAGGAUACUUGGAAAAUUAUUCAAGGGGCGAUGUGGAGACCUGAUAAGCAUCGGCUGCCUAGAAUAAUUCUUGUUUGCUGCUUGCUGCACAAUAUUGUCAUCGACCUAGAAGAUGCACUGCGGGAUGAGAUGCCAUUUGGUCAUCAGCAUGAUCCAAGUUACAAGCAACAAUUUUGCCAUUUUGCUGACCAGAGUGGAUUAAUUCUGAGAGAUAAGCUGUCCCAGUUUUUAUCAGGAAAAUUACCACCGUAAAAAAAAAAGCAUCCAAAUUGUAUUUCUUUUGUUUCUGUUCCGCUCUUUCAUUUGUACUGAUGCUUAUCUGGAAGAUUACCUCCAUAACAAGAGCGUCCAAAUUGUAUUUCUUAUGUUUCUGUUCCCCUAAUUUCAUUAGUACUGAUGCUUAUUUAGAAACUAGUUUUUC